CCGCCGGAUUCCUCGCGUCGAUGUCACGUGUUUGGGCGGGCGGAAGUGCGCAGUCCCCGCGGUGGUGAUGGAGCGUGAGUUGCCGCUGGACCCGGCAGUUGCUUCGGCCCCGCUCGGCUUUUGGGCUGCGGUCGACGUGUGGACGCUGAAGCCGCAGGUGGCGAACCGCCGUCUGAGCGGCUGUCGGCUGGAGGCCGAACGGGAGGUUUCCUGCGGCGCGGCAGCGGGGCUGGGGCUGGGGCUGGUGGUGGCCGAGCUGCUGCCGGGGUUGAGGUCUGGGGCGGUCCCGGAGCUGGACGAGCUCAUCCCCCGGCGGGCUGAGCGGCUUAGGGUUGUGCUGCGGACUGUGAUUCCCAAAGCCGGGGUGGCAACUGGCAGUGAGAUAGUUCUCCAAGAUUUUCUAAACAACACAGCGACAUUUAUACCAGUAGAUGGGCAGAUUGCAGAAAGUUGUACAUUCAAGAAGAACAAUAUAUACAGAAUUAAACUUCAACAAGUUAAAGGAGAUGAAUCAUCAUGGUCUAUUUCCAUUUCCAUAUUGUACCCUGAAGAAUGGGAUGCAGACGGGAUUUUGUAUCCCAAAACAGCAUGGCUUACAGAUGUUUUGCUUACAAAGAUUGUGAAAUGGUCUACGGAGAGCAAGAAGAGUUAUUUUAAGAACACACUUUCUCUCAUUUCUGUGGAAAAAUAUAGUGAAUAUUACCAUAAUUUGAAAGCAAAAUACAAAGAAAUAGUCAAGAUUUGGCCUGAAGUUACAAAUCCUGAAAAAUUUGUCUAUGAAGAUGUCGCCAUUGCAACAUACUUAUUGAUUCUUUGGGAAGAUGAGCGUGCUGAAAAAGGCCUGACUGACAAACAGUCCUUUAUAGAUUUGGGAUGUGGAAAUGGAUUACUGGUUCAUAUCCUGACGAAUGAAGGGCACCCUGGCAGAGGUAUAGAUGUGAGAAAGCGGAAGAUAUGGGACAUGUAUGGUCCACAGACACGCCUUGAGGAAUGUACCAUUACUCCAAGCGAUGAUUUCCUUUUUCCUGAUGUGGAUUGGCUAAUUGGCAACCAUUCAGAUGAGCUUACACCAUGGAUUCCGGUUGUUGCAGCAAGGUCAUCUUAUUCGUGUCGCUACUUUGUCUUGCCUUGUUGCUUCUAUGAUUUCCAUGGAAAAUACUGUCGAAGGGAAACCACAAACACACAGUAUAGGGCAUACCUGAAUUUCAUUACAGAAGUGGGCUCUGUUUGUGGUUUUAAAGUUGAGGAAGACUGCCUUCGAAUUCCAUCUACAAAACGGGUUUGCUUGAUUGGUAAUCAAAGAACAUAUCCUGUGUUUAAUGAAGAAAGAUUGGAUAAAGAACGAACACAGUAUAUUAGAGAAAGAUGUUCUUUUACUCUGAGUACAGAAACUAAUCAUUUUAGUGAGGCGAUUACUUCUUCACUAUUCGCUCAUGAUAUGACACAUUGUUCCAGUGCUGAGCAUUCUAUGGUGCAAGGAACCUCUGCUGAAGUAGAUUCAUUUGUAUCCAGCAUGUGGUUGGCUGAUUUCCAACCCAGAGAGAAAGCACAAAAAAUUAGGAACUGUGCUACUUUGCCUAGGGAUUUCACUGAUCGUGUUGUGCUUCAAGUAGCUAAAGCACUUUUGAAGGCAAAUCAGGACCCCUGUAAAAACAGUAACAAUGAGGACAACACAGGAUAUUGGAACAAGGGAGGAAGCCUGCCACUGAAGAAUGUAGCAGCUCUUCUAGGCAGCAGUGCAUUACAGAAAUUAAAAAAUGAGUGUGGUGGUUUGAAGACUCUCUUAAGAAAUAAUUGUCAGGUAUUUGAAGUUGUCCAUGGCCAGGUUCAGAUUCGAGAUUGGACAAAGGAGGAGCAAACUAGGAAGCAGACAUCAGGUGCAAGGAAAAUGCCAUUAGACACAUGUAAGACGCGUCUUUGCUGGUUCUUUGUAAAUCAUCCCGAUGGAUGUCCUCGAAGUGCAGAAAAGUGUCCAUUUGCACAUGGAACAGAGGAACUGCGACCUCGAACUGCAACAAGAAAGUAAAUUAUUGACUAUGUUUUGUUCUCUUGGGAAAUUAGAAUGAAAUAUAGCAAUCAAGAAUAAAGAAUAUCAUUUUGUACAAAAUAGGUUUUCCUUUUUGUUAAUUAAUGAGCCGUAUUGCAGGGCUGUUUGCCAUUGGUUAGAUUUCCCCUCACAUUCAGAUUUUUGGUUUCUUGUAUUGCAAGCUACUGAAUGUGUCAGCUGAAAAUAGUGCAGCAAAUGAAACCGGACCUCUGGAACUGAGUGAACAGGUCUGCCUCCUUAAUGCAUUAGAUUGAAAUUUUAUGAAAUAAUUAGCACAAGGAUUAAGAAGACAGUGUAAAUUAAUGUUGGUGAAUUCAAUGAGAUACAGGAAGAGAAAUGAACAGGGAAUAAUUGUUGAGAGACUGGAAGUGUUAUUGUAGUUUUCAUUUUUUUUUAAUUUCAGUAAUUCUUAACACCUGACAUAAUGAGAUUCAUAUUUAUAAUACAGGAAGCCCCCGACUUAAGAACGCCCAUACUUACGAACCGACCUUUGUGGUCGGUUCGUAAGUGGGCCCGGCCCCCGAUCCUACCAUGGCGGCGGUAAACCUUCUUUGGCCCAACCCCGGGCCAAGUGUGCACAUCCUGGCGGGGAACCCUGGGCCAAGUGCGUACGUGCGGCUGGGGUCAUGCGUGGCUGCAAUCCCCGGGCCAAGUGCACAUGCACAGCCGCGACCCCCGCUCCAAGUGCGCAUGUGCGGACACUGUUCCGAGGUGCAUACAAAAUCGGGUUAUGAACAGUCUCAAAAACGGAACUCGUUCGUAACUUGGGGGACUUCCUGUAGUUCGUUUCCAAUAUGGGUGAGAUUGAAUGCCAGUCAUUACUGAUCAUUGUUAAAAAAAAGGGUAUUUAGCCAGAAUUUCCAGAAAAUCUGUGACAAGUUUGAAUCUGCUGUAAGGCAAAAUGAUACGCAAUGCAUUCACUGGCAAGACCUACAGCUUGGUGCUGUUUUUGUGAUGUUAAUAACAGAGUGACAUAAUUCUUGGGGCAACCUUUGGAUAUCUGUGUUUAACUUCAAUGGAGGUUGCUGCAUCAUUUUAAGUGUAAAAAAUGAGCAUGAUUAAUCUCACCUGUUUGAGAAAAUCUGGCACAGUUUGUUUAAAUCCCCAAAGAUUUUCAGAACAAUUGUAUCUUGUAUUUAUAAUUGAAAACUUAUGUUAAGUAAAUAAAAAUGUGAAAAUGAAUGUGUUUUCUAUGUCUAUUGUAUUUUAUCCUGUUAUUAAAACAAUUUAAGUUGAAUUUUAUUC